AUGUCAGCCUCAACAACUGUGGCCAAUAAUAAUGAUUCAUCAUUAUCACUAGCCGCUAAUUCAGAAAAUUCCGAGAAUGAAGCUGAAAGAAUUGUGCGUAUCAAAAAAUUAUUUGACGAAUUAGAUUAUGAUAAAACCGGUGUAUUAGAUCGUCAAAGUCUUUUAAAAGGCCUUAAUAGAUUAAACAAUCAUCCUUCAAAAAAUAAAUAUGCUUCAGAAUUAUUACAAAAAUGUGAUGUAUCCUCGGAUGGUGUAGUGGAUUUUGAUGAAUUUAAAACCUUUGUCGAAGAAAAAGAAAAAGAAUUAUUAAAAUUAUUUUUGGAAAUUGAUAAAUCUAAUGAUAUGAAUUUACAACCUGAAGAGUUGGAAGUUGCAUUACAAAAGGCUGGCAUUAGUUGUACGCAGGCAGAAUUAAAGAAGUUUAUUAAGACCAUGGAUAAAAAUCAAAAUGGUGUAAUUGAUUUCUCUGAAUGGAGAGAUUUUCUUCUGCUUCUUCCUCGGGAAACAACAAUGUCGGAAAUUUUCGAAUAUUAUCAGGUCAUAGCCCAA